ACGAGUUUAGAAAGUUCCGAAUUAGCGAUGACUAGUAGUGAUGUACGAGACAUAUUUGAGCUUACGCCGGUAAAGGCUUUAAGUGAUGGUAAUUCCGUUCCGAUUAAGAAGACGAGCAAGCCCGAGAGGGAAAAGAAACCUGAGGGUAUACCUCGAGAGCUCUUCCAAUUAAUUGGCGGUCCGCCUCCCAUAGCCUUUGUUAAGCCAGCUUUUAAAGCCAAACCAAAUUUGCGUAAAAAAGCAGUUCAUUGGGAAUUUAGACCUUUUAUCAAUCAAGCACGUAAAGAUCAACUACAACUAUCGCAUUGGAUUAAAGCUACGUCUUCCGAGGACAAUUCAGGUCAUUGGUUUGCGGAGUAUAAUAAAGAAAUUGAGAUCUUGGAAUAUAAUGAUGAGGAAUAUCAAAAGUUUUUGACAGACAAGGAAUGGACUAAAGAAGAAACGGAUUAUCUAUUUGGCUUAUGUCGCAAAUACGAUCUUAGAUUUAUUGUUAUUCAUGAUCGCUACGAGUAUUCCGAACGAUCCAUGGAAGACCUAAAAGAUCGUUAUUAUUCUGUGUGCAAAAAACUUCUACAAGUUCGACCACCUGGAAGUAAUCAAACUGACAAAGGCGCAUUAAUCGCCUUGAAUAGUUAUGACAAGGUUAAAGAAGAACGAAGGAAAAAACAUAUGUGCAUGUUGUAUAAACGAAAUGCCGAGCAAAUUCAAGCAAAAUCGUUAUUGGAAGAAUAUGAGCGUAUCGAACAAAAUGAAAAGAAGUUUGCCAAAGAACGAGAAAAUUUGAUGAAAUUAUUUAACUUUCAAGAAGUCGUUCAGCCAAAACGGAAGAAAUCGCUUAUUAGUGGUCCAACUACUCCAACAAUGGAAGUUGGUAAUUCAGUUUUCCAUAGUCCUAUUGAAUCGCCAAUAAAAAAGAACCGUCGUACGUCCUCGUCUUCUGCUGGUACAUCCGCCGUAGAAGUUCAUUCCCCUAUUGAAGCUCAUGCCACACCUACCACAGCUCGACGAGAGAAAUUCCCACAAGGAGUAGUCGUUAGGAGUCAAAGGAUACCUUCUCCUAAACAAGCAAUGGCUGCUAAAGUACAGAAGACCUUACAAGAAUUUGGACUAGGACCCCGUCCAACAAUACCAACCGAAAAUGUAUGCGCCAGAUGGACUGAAUUACAGAAGGCCAUACAAACACUGUUGGAAAUAAAAAAGGGUGUGGAUAAGCAAGAACACGAGUUAAAAGCGAAGAUAAAUUUAUAUAAAAAGAUAACUUCAGGUACUGAAGGAAAUGGAUCAAAAGCACCUAUAAUAGGAGGAAAUGGUGGCGGUGCAUCUAAAAAACCAGAUUCAGAAAAGACGAAUGCCGAAACUUCUACUCCUAAACGAGAUAGAAUAACGUUGACGGCUUCACCUCGAGACGUAAAGCGUGCCCGGAAAUAA